AUGUGUGCGCAAGGGAGAGAAAAAGAGGGAGUUAGAUCAGGGAUCUGUGUGAAGUCAGGUCAGUCAGUCUCAGUCUCAGUGCUGCUCAGACUCUCUGGAUUAGUAAUCCUGCCCUUGGAUCGGAUUGUUCUGGGAGUGUUUGGGAAAGAGCCUGUAUUUGAAGAAUAGGCCUGGGGCAGGGUGUCUUGGACUGGGAGCGUGUACUAACUAGUAUUUGGACUACCGAGUCGUGUCCUAUGGAGGUUCAGGUCCAGAGUCGGUCACUGCCACCCACCAUCCCGGAGAAUGGGGCGGCCCCUGACUCUGAACCCCACACUGUUAACGGUCAUCGUCAUGCCAACAGUGGGGAGGCAGAGCUGCCAGUCUCCAAGUCUCAGAGGAGACGAAGCGAUGUCAAAGUCUACAAGGAAUUCUGUGACUUCUACGCACGUUUCAACAUGGCCAAUGCCCUGGCCAAUGCGAUGUGUGAGCGCUGUAAGAGUGGCUUUGCCCCGGCGGAGAAGAUCGUCAAUAGCAACGGGGAGCUGUACCAUGAGGGAUGCUUCGUCUGUGCUCAGUGCUUCCAACAGUUCCCCGAAGGUCUCUUCUAUGAGUUUGAGGGCAGGAAGUACUGCGAGCACGACUUCCAGAUGUUGUUUGCUCCCUGCUGCCACCAAUGUGGGGAGUUUAUCAUUGGUCGUGUGAUCAAGGCGAUGAACAACAGUUGGCACCCUGACUGUUUCUGCUGUGACCUCUGCCAGGCCGUGCUGGCUGACGUGGGCUUCGUCAAGAACGCCGGCAGACACCUGUGUCGCCCGUGUCAUAACCGUGAGAAGGCCCGUGGUCUGGGGAAGUACAUCUGUCAGAAGUGCCACGCCAUCAUCGAGGAGCAGCCGCUGCUGUUCAAGAACGACCCCUACCACCCCGACCACUUCAACUGCAACAACUGCGGUAAGGAGCUGACUGCUGAUGCCAGGGAGCUGAAGGGAGAGCUGUACUGCCUGCCCUGCCAUGACAAGAUGGGUGUUCCCAUCUGUGGUGCUUGCAGGAGACCCAUCGAGGGCCGCGUGGUCAAUGCCAUGGGCAAGCAGUGGCACGUCGAGCAUUUUGUGUGUGCUAAGUGUGAGAAACCCUUCCUGGGCCAUCGCCACUACGAACGCAAAGGACUGGCCUACUGUGAGACUCACUACAACCAGCUCUUUGGAGAUGUCUGCUACCACUGCAACCGUGUCAUUGAGGGUGAUGUGGUGUCAGCCCUGAACAAGGCAUGGUGUGUCAACUGCUUCGCCUGCUCCACCUGCAACACCAAGCUCACCCUAAAGAACAAGUUUGUGGAGUUUGACAUGAAGCCGGUGUGUAAGAAGUGUUACGAGAAGUUUCCUCUGGAACUUAAGAAGAGGCUGAAGAAGCUGGCGGAGACAGUGGGCCGGAAGUAGACACAGACAGACCGAGACAGACAGACCGAGACAGACAGACAGACCGAGACAGACAGACCCAGACAGACUGACCCAGACAGACUGACCCAGACAGACUGACCCAGACAGACUGACCCAGACAGACAGACAGACCGGCCCAGACAGACAGACAGACCGGCCCAGACAGACAGACCGACCCAGACAGACCGACCCAGACAGACAGACCGACCCAGACAGACCGACCCAGACAGACAGACCCAGACAGACAGACCCAGACAGACAGACCCAGACAGACAGACCCAGACAGACAGACCCAGACAGACAGACAGACCGACCCAGACAGACAGACCGACCCAGACAGACAGACCGACCCAGACAGACAGACCGACCCAGACAGACAGACAGACCGAGACCGACCCAGACAGACCGAGACAGACAGACUGAGACUGACCCAGACAGACCGAGACCGACCCAGACAGACCGACCCAGGCAGACCGACCGAGGCAGACCGACCGAGACAGACUGACCCAGACAGACUGACCCAGACAGACAGACCGGAAGCCUAUAGUCACUAGAUGGCCAUGCUAGAAUGGACAAAAGUGAUAUCAUCAGAAUGUUUGAGCAACCACAUGAGCUAUUUGUUCUUGGUGUAAGGUUAGGGACUAGGGUUAAGGUUAUGUUGUUGAUAAAUUACAUUUGCAGUUUCCUUCAAUCUUUUCAUGCUUGGCCAAAUAGUGACAACCCAUGAGCAGAGAGACCAACAGUACACAAAGAGUCCUCGCCAAAUCACUGCCUUUGUCUAAAGACAUAUUCAUAUUAUAUUCAUAUUUAUCCUUGAUGCUAAUAUCAUAUAUUUAAUAGUUAUUUUAGCUUAAAAUUUCACUGCAAAACCCAACUUGUUUAUUUAAGUAUGCAUCAGUGUCCUGGUAUUUCAUCAUAAGAAUAAAGAGUAUUAAUAAGGUUGUUACUGCCAGUGUGCUGGUCUGUUUCUGCCUUAGCCAACUACUUUAUCAUUGUCAUGCCAAACAAGUGGAAAGAGACACCUGGGCUAUGUUACUGAUGCUACUCUCAAUCACAUUACUGUGCAGCAGAACUGGGUUGAAUAUAGAGUACCAGUCAAAAGUUUGGACACACCUACUCAUUCCAUGGUUUUUCUUUAUUUUUACUAUUUUCUACAUUGUAGAAUAAUAGUAAAGACAUCAACUCUGAAAUAACACAUGGAAUCAUGUAGUAACCAAAAAAGUGUUAAACAAAUCAAAAUAUAUUUUAUAUUUGAGAUUCUUCAAAGCAGCCACCCUUUGCCCUGAUGGCAGCUUUGCACACUCUUGGCAUUCUCUCAACCAGCUUCAUGAAGAAUGCUUUUCCAAAAGUCUUAAAGGAGUUGCAUGGUAAAUUGGAAUGAUUGGAAUUGUGCCAAAAGUGCAAAUUCUUGGCACCCUGCAUACCGGUAAGCUAAAUCAAGAACAUGUCAAGUAUUUGAAAGUAUCUAAUGUAUGUACAGUGCUAUUUGAGGCAGAUCUGCUAGGCAGCUUCUUGAGCGAGAGAGUAGCCUCCAUCCCAGAGCAGUUGAGGUCAUAUAGAGAAGUCAGAUUCGUACCAGAGGUUUGUGUACAUUUUUCAGGAUGUAUUGAAAUAUUAUCCAAAGAUAGUACUGAAUAAGGUGACACGUGUAUGCAUAUCUCAUAUAGAGCUUUUUGUGUGUCCACAACAUUGUGUGUGGUGUUAUAUUGUUCUAUUCAUAUUAUUUCACAAUUGUUACAUUUCCUUUGUGUUUUUAUCACACAGACAGUAAAAAUGUAAGAUGUUAUGUCACUGAAGGGUGUUUUGUAAACUUGGAUAACAGAUGUUUGUAUGUUUUUGACAGUAUUUUCAGAAUAAACAACCCACUUUUAUCAACAGUAAUGGAAUCAAAUAAUAUCUGGAAAUACUUUUCUCCAUUCUUUACAUGUCAUGCAUUACAUUGUCUUUUAAAAGGGGGGAUAAACAUAACAGAUACAAACAAUUCCAUUGAUUUAGGAUCUGCUUGUAACUGCAAUGUUUAAUUUUUCCUUUUACUUUAGAUGAAAGCGCAUGUAUGAGUACUGUAAGAUGUGUGAAUGUGUGUUUUUCCUAGGUGUAAGCUCAGCUAUCCUCUUAUGGCAGUGUGACUUCUAUCUAGAUGCUCAUAGGAAGUAGAGAACUGCCGGUUAGAGAAAAGCAUUCUAUCCCUGUAGAAAACAUGAAUUUAGUUGAGUUUUAGUUUUCCGCUGUGUUAAACUUUACUUGGAAGAAAUGUGUUUUGCAUAGAGUGAUACAAUUCCACAUUACACUGCUAAAUGGGAAUUUUAAAACCCUAUGUUUUUCCUCUGUCGUACUACAAUAUAAUAUGCUAUGCUACAUUCAAAGCCUUGAUUAGUGUUCGCCUUAUGCUUCUUACUUUAAUUUUGGUUUGUUUCUAGAUGUCAUCAUAUUCAACUUAUUGACUUCUGAAUAAUAAAAAAUCCUGCUACAUG